AUGUCUCCUCCUCUGAUGAAAGUCAGAAAACUAUCUUCAUCCAUCGCCGGCACGACACCACGAGAACAUGAUAAUGAUCCGUCGUCACCCUCACUUUCUUGGUUGCCCGAAGAAAUCGUUUUGCAGUGCUUACUCCACGUCCCCAAAACCUAUGACCUAAACCUCUCUUACGUUUCCAAAACCCUAAGGUUUCUUGUUCGCUCUCCUGAGCUCCACCGUUUGCGAUCUUUUCUCCCUAAAAACUCCAUCUAUGUCUUCUUCCGCAAGAAGGAUGCUCCUGAUACGACCGACAAAUAUUCGUUCACUCUCCUUCCGAUUCAGUUAUCGGAACCGGAGAUUAAGUACAAAUUGCUACCGGUUAAUCUCCCUUCUCAUCCUUUUAUGUACCAUUCUUCAGCUGUCGCGGUUGGAUCAGAGAUAUUCUUCGUUGGUGGAUCAUUCGAACCUUCUUCUGAUCUUUGGAUUCUUGAUACUCGUUCUGGAGAGAUAGCACAAGGACCAAGCAUGAAGGUUGCUCGAACUUGUGACUCCGUUGUGGGAGUAAUCAGUGGGAAGAUAUACGUGAUCGGAGGGUGCGUAGACAAGAUCCAAGUCGAGGUUUAUGAUCCAAAAAGGCGAAGUUGGAAAGUGGGUGAGAGUCCUGGCGAGAGGAGGUUUCAACGCGGACUAAUAAAGCAGUUAAGUGCAUCACUUGAAUGGAAAAUUUAUUCUGCUGACACUGGAGGAAUCAAUGUAUACAAUGCGAGACAAGGUAGAAGAUUGGAGACGGUGAAGAUGCCAAGUGAUGUUAUCUGGUGCAUGUGUGUAGUUGCUGAUUUGCUUUAUGCUUACUAUUUUCGUGAUGGGUUGAUGUGGCUUGAUGCUAAGCGUAAGAUAUGGAAGAGAGUCGUUGGUGUUGGCUGUAAUGAUGUUAAGACACUUGAUGUUAAUUUUCAUGAUGCUGUAAUGGCAGAAUACAAUGGAAAGCUGGCGGUUUUGUGGCCCGAGAGUGAUCCUUUAGCUAGAACGAAGACGGAGAUUAGGUGUGCGUUGAUCGAGUUGAAUUGGGUUGGAGAUGGAAUGCGUGGGAGGAUUGAGUGGUGUGGCACUGUAGCCGAAGUGCCGUAUGGAAACUCACUGAUAUCGCAAACACUACAAGAAAAGAGUGCCAACUCCGAGGAUUAUUUCCGAGAACAUGAGUCAUCGGUAAAUUUGCUUUGCCGUUCCGAGGAACUACCGAGAAACAAAUGA